UAUGGCAACUUUUAUGACUACAUAAAUAAAUUAUGAUCGUUAAAUAAUUUUUUUGAUCGUAAUGGCAAACAAUAAAAUUACAGGUGGAGAAUUAAUUGCUAAAGCACUUAAAAAACAAGGUGUUGAAGUAGUUUUCGGCAUAGUUGGUAUACCUGUUGUAGAGGUUGCUGAGGCCAUCAUUUCUGAAGGGAUAAGAUUUGUUGGAUUUAGAAAUGAACAAUCUCUUAGUUAUGCUGCAAGUGCUUAUGGAUAUUUAACAGGUCGUCCAGGUGUCUGCUUAGUAGUAUCAGGGCCAGGAGUUGUACAUGCAUUAGCAGGAGUUAUUAAUGCUCAAGUAAAUUGUUGGCCACUUCUUUUAAUUGGGGGAUCAAGUGAUACAUACCAAGAAGGAAUGGGAGCAUUUCAAGAAUUAGAUCAAGUAACACUUUGUAGGCCGAAUACUAAGUAUUCGGCAAGACCACCAUCAAUUUCGCAAAUUCCAAAUGUAUUAGAUAAAGCAAUACGUAUAUCAAUGUAUGGUAGACCUGGACCUGUUUACAUUGAUUUGCCAGCUGAUUAUAUUCAAGGAUCAGUUAGUUUGGAAGUUCUAAAUAGUUUACCAACCCGAUCACCAGAUCCACCAAAAUCACUGGCUGACCCAAAUAGAAUCAAUAAGGCAAUAGAAUUAAUUGUAAAUGCUGAAAAUCCUUUAAUAAUUGUUGGUAAAGGUGCAGCUUAUUCUCGUGCUGAAAAGGAACUUAAAGAGUUUGUUGAAAAAACGAAUAUACCUUUCCUUCCUACUCCAAUGGGAAAAGGUGUUUUACCUGACUCUCAUCCUUUAUGUGUAUCUGCUGCAAGGUCGAAAGCAUUGGCAAAUGCAGACGUUAUAUUAUUAUUAGGCGCAAGAUUAAAUUGGAUUUUAAGUUUUGGUUUACCUCCAAAAUUUAAUAAAAGUGUAAAAUUUAUCCAAAUUGAUAUAUUACCUGAAGAACAUUAUAAUAAUAGUAGGAUUAAUGUUGCUUUACUUGGUCAUUUACCUUUAGUUAUUUCACAACUUAAUAGCUCAUUACCUCCUAAUUAUAAAUAUCCUCUUACAUCAAAUUAUUUUAGUUCAUUAAAACAAAAAAUUGAUUAUAACAUUAAAAUUACUAAUGAAAAAUUUCGGGAUAAUAAUAUUCCUAUGAGCUAUUAUCGUGCCUUUUAUGAAAUUAAACAAAAAUUACCCAAAGAAGAUGUUGUAUUUGUGAGUGAAGGUGCAAAUACUAUGGAUAUUGCUAGAUCUAUUUUUGAUGUACAAGAACCAAGGUGUCGAUUAGACGCUGGUACUAUGGCAACUAUGGGAGUUGGUAUGGGAUACGCUAUUGCAGCAAAAUUAUAUUACCCAAACAAACGUGUCGUUGCGAUUGUAGGAGAUUCUGCAUUUGGAUUCAGUGCAAUGGAAAUUGAAACAGCUAUUAGAGCAAAUAUUCCACUACUAAUUAUAAUAAUUAAUAAUAAUGGAAUAUAUCACGGUUUAGACACAAAAUCUUAUAAUGAAACACCUACAAAUAAUUUACCUUCGACUGCUUUGUUACCAGAUGUAAGGUAUGAUUUAAUUGCUAAUGCGGCCGGUGGUAAAGGUUAUUUUAUUAAAACUCCUCAAGAAUUGAGUAAUGCUCUUGGUGAAGCAUUAAAAGAUGAUAAUAAAUGUAUCAUUAUUAAUGUAAUGAUACAACCAGGUGGAAAAAAAAAAUUGGAAUUUGCUUGGAUGGAAACAACAAAGCCAAAAUUGUAAAAAAAAAAAAAAAAAA